GUAGGUGGGCAGGCCCGCCCCCACGCCCAGAAGGCUCGGGAAAGCCACCUCUUCUCUAAGGUUAAGCGAAGAAGGUCGGGAUUGGAGGCUCAGACGGUGACGUAACUUUCCGGUUUGGGUGGCCUUCCGCUCCGGCCGCUGUCGGGCGGGGCUUGGGGAACAUUUAGUGGCGCUCGCCCACCCCUCAGCCCUUGGAAGUACGAUGAGGUCUGUCAGCUACGUGCAACGUGUGGCCCUGGAAUUCAGUGGAAGCCUCUUCCCGCACGCAAUCUGCCUCGGAGACGUCGACAACGAUAUGUUAAAUGAACUAGUGGUGGGAGACACCAGUGGAAAGCUGUCCGUGUAUAAGAAUGAUGAUAGCCGGCCAUGGCUCACCUGUUCCUGCCAGGGAAUGCUGACUUGUGUUGGAGUUGGAGAUGUAUGUAAUAAAGGAAAGAACCUGGUGGUGGCUGUGAGUGCUGAGGGCUGGUUUCACUUGUGUGACUUGACACCUGCCAAAGCCCUGGAUGUUUCUGGGCACCAUGAGACCCUAAUGGGAGAGGAGCAACGUCCAGUCUUCAAGCAGCACAUCCCUGCCAAUACCAAGGUCAUGCUGAUCAGCGACAUCGAUGGAGAUGGGUGCUGUGAGCUGGUGGUGGGUUACACAGACCGUGUUGUACGGGCUUUCCGCUGGGAAGAUCUGGGCGAGGGCACUGAACAUCUGACAGGGCAGCUGGUGUCACUUAAGAAAUGGAUGCUGGAGGGUCAGGUGGACAGUCUCUCGGUGACUCCAGGGCCCCUGGGUGUUCCUGAACUGAUGGUGUCGCAGCCAGGCUGCGCUUAUGCAAUUCUACUGUGUACCUGGAACAAGGACACUGGGCCCCCUGCUACCUCUGAGGGGGCCAUGGAGGGCAAUAGGGAGACCCCGGCUGUCCGAGAUGUCAUGCUGCACCAGACUUCUGGCCGUAUCCACAACAAGAACGUCUCCACCCACCUCAUUGGCAACAUCAAACGAGGCCACACCCCUGAGAAUGGUGGCUCUGGCCUCUUUGCCCUCUGUACCUUGGAUGGGACACUGAAGCUUAUGGAGGAAGCAGACAAGCUGUUGUGGUCGGUGCAGGUGGAUCACCAGCUUUUUGCCCUAGAGAAACUGGAUGUCACGGGCAACGGGCAUGAGGAGGUGGUUGCCUGUGCCUGGGACGGACAGACAUAUAUCAUUGAUCACAACCGCACGGUCGUCCGCUUCCAAGUGGACGAGAAUGUCCGAGCCUUCUGUGCAGGCCUGUAUGCCUGCAAAGAGGGCCGCAACAGCCCCUGCCUUGUGUAUGUCACGUUCAACCAGAAGAUCUAUGUGUACUGGGAGGUACAGCUUGAGAGGAUGGAGUCUACCAAUCUGCUGAAACUGCUGGAUGCUGAGCCAGAAUACCAUAGCCUGCUGCAGGAGCUGGGCGUGGAUCCUGAUGACCUCCCAGCAGCCCGCGCCCUGGUUCACCAAAUCCUCUACCACCCUGACCAGCCACCACGAUGUGCUCCUGCAAGCCUCCAGGAUCCCACCUAACUGUACUUGCCUUCUUAGCUGAAGAAGGAUCCUUCUGAACCUCCCUACCUGCAAGGUAUCCAGGGUAUUGGCAGGAUAGGGAAUAUACAUUACAGAGGAUCAUGGAACAAUAACAACAACUCUCGGUCCCGGUGAUAUAGAUCUCAUGGUCUUCUUGGUAAAAGAAGAGACAAGUUGACCCUCUGUCCAUUUUUUCAUGUACCCCACCCAUCCCAUCAGCAGGAUUGUAGGACCCCAACCUUAUUUCACAUCAUCUGGGACUGCCUGCUCCCCAGAGCUCCCCACUCUUGUGUGGAAAACAGACUCGUUUGUGUGGAGGGAGCACAAAUCUUUUGCAUGGCCCCAACACUCAUAAGAAAAUUAGGCUUUGGAGCCAGUGGACUGGUGAGGACGGGUUCUACCCCAUCCUAAGCUCCGUUUUCCAUGGCACAACUCCAGGUGGUUGAUAGUAGUAAUUAUUACAGUAACUAUUCCUUUUGUUUUUGAGGGAUCUUUCAGGACAUUUUACAGUCUGGUCUUCCUAUGUUUAAAGGAGAAACCCUGAGAUGAUUUUCCUCUAUUUUCCAAAGAAAUGGACCAGCACUCUCUCAUUUUGCCAUAUUCUUCAAGUAUUGUGCAGCUUCAUAGGCCUUGCUCUAUUUCCCACCCACCCAUUUCUGCAAAAAACACCUUAUUGUGUAUCGAACAACAGACGUUUAAAUUUUGAUUCAGGUUUAUGAACCAGUCAGAAUUAUAUCUUGGGCCAUUUAUAUCCCUUCUGCUCUUAAUUCUCUGUACUUUAAAUCAGCGUCUUUCAAAUUGUAGGUUGCAAUCUUUUGGUGGGCUGUGGUCAGCAUUUUUUGAAUCAAUGAAAUAGAAUAAAAUAGAAUGAAACAGAC